CGGGCGGCGCGGCGGCGGCGGCGGCGGCGGCCGUCGGAGGGCUGCUGGCGGCCGCCGCGCUCGCCGGGAGGGCCGGCGCUAAGAACAACAGCUCCAACGCGCCCCCAGGUUUCUAUUUCAAUUUAUCAACUGUCCAGGAGCUGAAAUUUAAGUAUUUGGGAAAACCUCAGUGUGAAGUUUUUAAAUAGAACUAAGUAAAUAUUUUUACGUCUUACCAUAGUAUUUCCUUGCAGUAUAAGAUAACUGAAUAACACUACCAAACUCCAGGAAUCUUCAUAAAUACACAAAUAAUUUAUUCUUGUGACUUGAUAUUUUAUAGGAAAACUAGUUUUGGCCUUUGGGCAAUCAUGUGCUUACUGCCACGUAGCAACUCAAGAAUGACCAGGUUUAGCAUUUACUGAACAUAUGCUCUUAUCAUCUACUACAGCUUCAUGACGAAACAGGGGUAUUUUAAAUUUUCAGUCUAUGUCAGAGGAAAAGGACUAAAUUCUCAAGAUAUUCUAUUUCUUUUCAUGCAGCUGUUCCUGGUUUACCAAUUGUUGGCAAUCUUCUCCAGUUGAAAGAAAAGAAACCCCACCAAACCUUUACAAAAUGGGCUGAAAUUUAUGGGCCAAUUUACACUAUAAAGACUGGUGCUUCUUCUGUAGUUGUGCUCAAUUCAACUCAAGUAGCCAAGGAGGCAAUGAUUGCAAAAUUCUCAUCCAUAUCUACUCGAAAGCUGUCUAAAGCAUUGUCAGUGCUUACUCGUGACAAAACUAUGGUUGCUACAAGUGACUAUGGUGACUUCCACAAAAUGGUCAAGCGUUAUGUCAUGACAAGCAUGCUGGGUACUUCUGGCCAGAAACAAUUCAGGGACACAAGAAACAUGAUGGUUGAUAACAUGCUGAACACUUUCCACACAUUGUUGAAUGAUGAUCCAAAUGCUCCUUUGAAUUUUCGGGAAGUUUUCAAGAAUGAGUUAUUCCGCUUAUCCCUGAUUCAGGCUUUAGGUGAGGAUGUGAGUUCAGUCUAUGUGGAAGAGUUUGGGAAGGAUAUAUCAAAGGAGGAAAUCUACCAGGCCACAGUAGUUGACAUGAUGAUGUGUGCAAUUGAGGUCGACUGGAGGGAUUUCUUCCCAUACUUAAGCUGGGUUCCAAAUAGAACUUUUGAAACAAGAGUACUGACUACAGAAGGUAGGCGAACAGCAGUGAUGCGAGCCUUGAUCAAUCAGCAAAAGAAAAGAAUUGCACGUGGAGCGGCUAGGAUAUCCUAUCUGGACUUCCUGCUAGCAGAGAAUACACUGACCGAUGAACAAUUGCUAAUGCUAGUGUGGGAGGCAGUCAUUGAAGCUGCUGAUACUACUUUGGUCACAACAGAGUGGGCCAUGUAUGAGGUUGCAAAGCACCCAGGAAAACAGGAUCGCCUUUACCAGGAAAUCCAAGAGGUCUGCGGUAAUGAUAUAGUUACUGAAGAUCAUCUGCCACGGUUGCCUUACUUGAAUGCGGUGUUCCAUGAGACCUUGAGGAGGCAUUCUCCAGUUUCACUAGUGCCUCCAAGAUUUGUCCAUGAGAAUACUAACUUGGCUGGCUAUGAUGUUCCAGCUGGCACAGAGAUGGUCAUCAACCUGUACGGAUGCAACAUGAACAAGAGCGACUGGGAGGAACCAGAGGAAUGGAAGCCAGAGAGGUUUCUGGAUGGGAGGUUUGAGUCUGCGGACAUGUACAAGACCAUGGCCUUCGGGGCAGGAAGGAGGGCCUGUGCUGGCAGCAUGCAGGCGAUGUACAUCUCGUGCACAGCCAUUGCGAGGUUCGUGCAAGAGUUCGCCUGGAGGCUAAAGGAAGGUGACGAGGACAAGGCUGACACCAUCCAGCUUACAACCAACAGGCUUUACCCGUUAUAUGUGUACCUGACACCUAGAGGAAGGGAAUGAGCAUCAUUUCUCGGCAGGUCACCGUACUUCUUCAGUAAUGUGCUGUUGCCUGUGUAUGAAACUCUUGGGAUGAAAACUCUGUAUGCUGUGGUAGUUUUUCUCUGUGGUACUUAAUACUAAGAAGUGUAUAUCAUGUAGAAGUGGACACAAACUUGCAGCAUAUACCAGUGAAAGUCGAUUACUAUGCAGGCCAUGCUGCCCAUUUACCCUGAUGUUUACUUGGUU